AUGCCAACUUUUUCAUUUCUCUAUUCUCCUUUCACCGUCACCCGUUUCUUUAUGGAUACUGAAAAGAAGAAAUUUUAUUUACAAGUCGAGCCGUCGGAUAAGAUCCACUUUACAAAAGAACCUGAAAGUGGCCAAAUCAAAGCCACACUUACAAUAAUGAACAAGAGCGACACUCGACAGGCGUAUAAGGUCAAAUGCACGCGUAACGACUUAUUCAAGAUUCGACCAUCUGUUGGGCUUCUCGACUAUAAACAGAAUGCUAUCAUCGAAAUUGUUUGCUUAUUGAAAGACGGUGAGGAAAUGGAACCCGAUAGGCAUCACUUUGGCAUUUAUCAUAUCCCAGCACCAGAAGGUUGUACAUGUGAAGGAGCUUGGCAGGAACAUUAUGGGCCACCACAAGGGGAACUCAGGGUAAAGGUAGUUUUCGAUCCA